AUGGGGAAUGGCGAAGGUCAGCUCUGCCACGUUAAGAAGAAUGAGGAGGUACUGAUGAGAGCAGCAAUAAGUGCACAGGAUGUGUAUAAGGUGGUGGUGGUGGUGGGAGGUGGGGGUGUCAGUGAGGUGAGGGUUAGCCUUACUAUGCUGGAUGUCGGUUGGAGUUCUGGUGUAACUAUUCCACCUCCAGUACCUUUGGAGAAGCUCUACCUUUACCAGCGGCUGCUGUCCUGUUCACUACCAAAGGCUUUGGUUGUUGAUAGUAUCAGUGUUAAUUCUAUCUUUCUCUUUUUGUUUGUUUUAGCAGAGCUAAACAGAGAUAACAUAUAUGCACAUGCAUUAUACAAAACCCUUGCAAACGUCAAUUCCCCAUUGACUGUAGGCUUGUACUCAUCAUGUCACAGCAGGAUUAAAAUGAUUCUCAGAAGCAUCGAAGGUCACAUGAACGAUGAGGUGAAGAUAAAAGAGCAGAAGAGUAACAGAUGCGGAUCCUCUAUUGGGAACCUGAUUUCACUAAUCUUUCGUCUCCUUUUCUAUCGACCCGUGUGGACUAUGAAAAAAAAAGACAGAGACGAAUGCAACCGCUAUGUGUUUGUGAGGUUUAGUGCCUGGCAUUUUGCAGGAAGUGAUAUGCUCUGGGCUGGACUGGUGAUGCAGUUGUGCCAAACUCUUCAGGAAAGUUUUGGGAAACUUCAGCUCAGCCUUUUCCGAGUAGCUCAGUAUGAUGAAGAAAAAGACAGUAGGAAAAAGAAGAUUGAAGACAGCCUCGAAGUCUGGAGGUCAAAGAAGUUCUGCUGCUGUCCACUGUGGGCCAUUUUCCUGAUAACACUGAUGGUUUGCCUCUUUAUUUUGGUACCAGUCAUUAUUUUUUCACUUCCUGAAAUAAAGCCUCCAGGAAAUGACAAGAACGACACAGAACAUUACGUCAUUGGGGGGUUUACCAUCGCAGCAUUAGGAGUUCCUGCAAUUGGAGCUAUGAGAUUUGUUUUCCUGCUGAUGAAGCACCUUAUCUUUAGCCAAGAUGUUAAUGUCAGAAAUGCACUGGACAACAAGAAGAUCAGUGAGCAGUUAGGCUUAAUGCAUGAAGUUCGGAAGGAGAUGAGGCUACUAUCCUGUUUUGUUCAUUUCAUGGAGGUUUUUGAGAGACAAAAGAUAAAAGUGGUGCUGGAAAUCACCAAUUUGGACCGCUGUACACCAGCAAAAAUUGUAGGUGUCUUGGAUGCCAUCAACAUCCUUCUUUCAGAUGAGGAAAGUCCGUUCAUUUCUCUAGUUGCAAUUGACCCAGAGGUUCUUACCCAAAAAAUAGAUCAGGCAAAGGAUUGCUUUAGCAAAAAAGACACAGCUUAUGGCUUCCUGGAUCGCAUAAUCACACUGCCUUUCACAGUGCCGCCUUUAUGUAUGGUAUCAAAGUGCAAGGUCUUCAAAAAAACUUUAUCGGAUCAAUCUGAAAGGCCCCAAAGAGAUGAGGUUCAGAAUUUACGUAGCAUAAAGACUUCAGUUUCUUUAGAAGAUGUUUCUUUGAUAGAGAGCAGUCUGAUUGGUGAGGACCAAGCCACAACCCUAAGAUCAAGCAAGACCACAUCCAAUAAAUUUAUUGAGAAUAAAGUAGAAAGAUUGAUCCAGGAUGCAUUUCAAAGCAUAUAUUUAUAUGACCAAAGUAAGCUUCACCUUUAUAUCUCAGAAAAUACUGUGUCUAUGAGAAGGGUUACCAAUUCCAUCAGAGUGUGUAUGAUGGUCCUUAACACUCUUAAUGAUGAGGUUGUUGAGAUUCCCUCACCUGAAAGAGUCGCUGCUUGGGUCGUGCUGGUAGACCGCUGGCCUUGUAGACUAAGUUGGAUACUUCAAUGUAUGGAAGAUGAACAUCAGACUCAGCAGACUAAUCAAACCACAGUUAAAAGAGACUACAGAACUCUAUGGGCUGUGUUCAGUGAGCAUAGGAUAGAGCUCCAUGUUAUUAGGGAGGAGGUGGGGAAAUUUUUGGAAAGAGAUGAUGAUCCUGAGCUGUUUGAAAUGUUUCUCAAAAGGGACUACAUAUUCACAGUUCCAGAGGCAAAUAAACUUAAAGAAUAUACAGUUAACCUGGAUUAUUCUAUCAAGAACGAGUUGGCAAGGAUCAGACAAAUCAGCACUUUGAAAGCAAUAGGAAAACACAAAUUCAACAGUUUGCCUCCAAACACUGUCUUCAACAUGUCUGUGGAAGAUGUUUGCAAUGAGCUAUCCAGACUGAAGCUCCCUGAAACCUAUGCUGAGACUGUGAAGCAAAAUGAUAUAAACGGACAGACGCUGCUGCUCAGUGACCCCGCUGAUCUGAGACAGGUCAUGCAAAUGACUCUGGGUGAAUGGACAGCUUUUAGGAUUCACUUUCUUGGAGUCAUGUCAAGUAAUCAUCUGAGUAAAACUAAAUCAGCACCAGUUAUCUCAAAUCCUAAUGCGGUUUGCGCGUCUAGCAUGUGUAGUAGGAGUCAUAUGAAUCAUAGUUAAUAUUGGUCCUAUGUUGUGCUUAACUGUAUUAUUUGAUAUUUGAUAUUUUAAACCCUCUAAACCACAACCAACAUUUUAGGCAACUGUAUUAAGGGGGAAAAAAACAGAAACUGACAUUAUAAUGGUAGAUAUGAACUUUUAUUGUUGUUAUUAUAUAUAAGUUGGUGUAUUUGUUAUACAGUUAACUUCAGAAUUAUUUGCACCUUUCA